AUGCAGCCGGCCGAGCAGCGCACGACGCCGGCCUCGUCCGGCAGCAUGCGGCCGCGGAGCUUCGAAGGCGCUCGAUCCAGGCUGGUGCCUGGACCUAAGCGCCCUCGCAUCGAACACGCCGCCCCCGCCCCGUUCGUGGCGCGGCCGCGGGCGCCCCCUGGCGCGGCAGCGUCCGCGGGGAACCUGGACGUUGCUCAGGCGCGCGAGAUCGUGCAGCUCAACGCGGAGAAGCGCGCUCUUGAGGCACGCAACGAGGAGCUCCGCGCACGUCUCGAGAGCGCUCACGCGGAGAACGAACACCUCCGUGCUGAGAAGGAGGGGCUCCAGCGCCAGCUCGCGGCCCGCCCGGAGCCCGCGGUCGACGUCGAGAUGGACGACGACGCUUCCGAUCCCGCGGGCAGCUCCGGUCGCUCGCCUGCCCAGGGCGCCCAGCGCGCGGCGAGCCUGCCCCCUGACUUUGCCGACGGGCCUGAGGGUGCGGAGGGGGUCGGAGGGGGCUCGGAGGAGCCCGCGGACGCCGAGGAGCCUCCUGUGGGCGACGAGCCGGCAGCGGUGGCGGAGCUUGACGGUCCGACGGACGGCGAGGUGCCGACGGCCGACCCGCAGGACGCGCUCGCGCUGGUGCCCGCGGUGGGCGGCGGAGGUACGCAGGAGGCGGUGACGCGGCCGGAUGCGCAGGCAAACGACAUGACUGCGGCCCAUCUUGAGCGUCUGCUCGAGUCGGAGCAGGAAAUCGACCUGCAGGGUCGCACCGUGCGGGGGAGCGGCAACAUUCUGGUGGUGAAGAAUGCUCGCACCGUGAUCAAGAACGGCACAUUGCGCGGGGUCCGGAUGGUGUUCACGGAGGAGGCGCAGGGGUCGCGGCUGGUGCGCGUCAAAGUCGAGUGGGGGAACACGCAGGCGGACUGCACGGACGCUGCAGGUCCGGAUCACCCUGCUCUUGUUCGCGUUGAUGGAGCGAAGGGCUUCUCGAUGGAAUACUGCUGCGUUGACGGUGGGGAAGGCGAGAAUGAGAAGAUCCCAGACGGGCUGGUGGUUUGCAAGAGCGCUGACGCAGCAGUCCACAGCUGCAUGUUCAAGCGUUGUUUGGAUGGCGUCUUCGCCGACGACAAGGACACGUUGGUCAGACUCACUGCGGUGAUCUGCACGGAGAACGGCAACGGAGCCAGAGCCCUCGAGGCUCGGCUGGAAGUCUACGAUCGGUGCACUUUCAGCAGCAACUCCCAAUCUGGGAUAUUUGCGGGCGUCCGCGCGCAAGUCGACAUGCGCGACGCCUCGUGCACCAAGAACAAGGGGUGUGGCGUCGCGGCUGACAAUUUUGCGAGGGUGGUCGUCGAGGACAGCGACAUGACAGAGAACACAUGCAGCGGGAUGUUUUUGGUCGGCAACUCGUCGGCGUCCAUCACGCGCUCCGAGUUCACUGGCAACGGCAUCCACGGGAUCUACGUCGACACUGCAAAGCUGGCACUGACCCGAAGCACCCUGCGCGGCAACACGGAGUGUGGUAUCUGGAGUACUGGAAGGCCGGGAUCUUCGAUCAAGCUGGGGGGUGUCAAGUGCGUUGAGAACCAGCAGCACGGGUUGGCGGCAAUGAGUGGGACGGAGGUGGUAGACGGCGACUGCGAGGAGAGGAAUGUGUUCGUCAACAACGGCGAGGAUGGCAUUCGUGCAUGCGGUUCUGAGGUGUUGCUGCCCGAGGUGGUGUGCAGCGGGAACGGUGGCAGCGGGGUGCACGCGACGCGAAAGGCACGCGUGACGGUCGGUGGCGAGAUGAGCACGAACAAGCAGCACGGCGCAUACGCCACGGGGGGGGAAACGGAGCUGGUUGUCGACAACGGCACAUGCAAAGGCAACGGCCUCUGCGGCGUUCACGUCAUCAACGGCGCCGACACGUUCGUGCACAACAGCACUAUGUGCGGGAACAAGCAGUUUGGCAUUCAGGCGAAAACCACGGCAUCGGAAGCCCCGUGGGCAACGAAGCUCCACAUCUGCCACGUGAGGAACUGCGGCAAUGUCAUGGGGGCUGAAAACAUCGCGCCGCAUGUCGACGUUCACCGGGAGUAG